AUGCACAAAGUCAUGAAGAAUGCUGUGGCCACCUGGGGGGGACAGGAGCCUAGCUUGGCACGGGCCGUGGUCCGCAGUGUGGCGGGCUUUGCCCUGGGCUUGUCCUUGGCCACAGCCUAUGGGCUGCUGGAGCUGCUGGUGGAAGGCCGUAGCCCCUGGGGCUGCCUGGUGGGCACCCUCACUUUGGCUGCCUUCCUUAGCCUGGGCAUGGGGUUCUCUCGCCAGGUCCGAGUAACUGUCCUCCUGUUGUUGCCCCAAGCCUUUUCCAGGCAGGGCCGGGCAUUGCUGUUGCUGGCUGCCUUUGGGUUGGUCCUGCAAGGGCCUUGUGCCAAUACCCUACGUAACUUCACCCGCGCCAGCGAGGCUGUGGCCUGUGGGGCCGAACUGGCCCUGAACCAGUCUGCUGAAGUACUGGAGCGGGCCAAGCAGCCCCUUGUCAGUGCCCUGAACAAGAUCAAAGCCAUCGCCCAGAAGGCCAAGGUGGUGGCUGACCGCGUCCGCAAGUUCUUCCGGUCAAUCAUGGACGGCAUGAAGCAUAUAGCCAGGGCCCUGCGCAGUGUGUGGUACUGGCUACUGCACAUCGGGGACGUGUGCAACUCGGAGCUGGGCAACCCUUACUCGAAAUGCGCCCGGAUCUUCGACGACGCCAAGGACAACUGCAUGAAGGUCAUCCCGCAGGCCUACCACCUGUGCUACGUGCUCACGCCCUUCAAACUGGUGCUCUGUGGACUUGCCGGCGUGGCCCAGGUGUUCUGCAUCAUCCCCAAGUACAUCCAACCCUUUUUGCGCAAGACCAUCGGCACGCCGGUGAUGAAGCUGAUUAACCGGGUGCGUCAGGAAUUUGAGUUCAACCUGACAGCCACCCACCACUUCUCUGUGAAUUUCAAUGCCUCUCGGAGCCUGUCCCAGGUAGCGCUGGACCUCCAGGAGGCUGUCAGCCUGAAGCUGUACCGUGUCCGAGAGGCCCUGGCUCUGAUGGGUUACACCACGUCUCUGCUGCUCACGUUUCUCUACCUCCAAGCCCUGUUUUACCGGUACUGUUACCUGAACUGGGUUGAUUUCGACAAUGUCUACAUUACCAGCCGGUUCCUGCGCAUGGAGGCGGUCCGCUCCGAGGCAGGACUGCCCACGGUGCUGCCACUCAGUGCCCACGAGGCCAGACGCUACAUCCAGCCGGGCUCCCUCUUCCUGUCCCAGUGGGAGCGGAUUUUUUACAUCCUGGCGGUCUUCAGCCUUCUGCGGCACCUUCUCCUGGUGCUGCUCCUGGUCUUCCUGGACUAUGCUGUCUUCUGGGUGCUUGACCUGGCCCGGCACCACCUGCAGGGGGAGAUUGUGGCCCGCAGCCCUGUGUUGGUAUCCAUCACCGUGGAAGGGGAAGGCUAUACUGGCAAGAUUUACCGUGACCUGGUGUCUGCAUUCGAUGUCCUGCAACAAGGCAACAUCAGUAUCUUGUCCCGGCGCUGCCUCCUGCAUCCCUCAGAGCCUGAAGCCACUGGUUACAUAGUCAUUGGCAGCAUGUAUGGCCUAUGCUUCUUCGUCACUCUGUUUGGUGCCUAUAUCAGUCGGCUGCGGCGGAUCAUCUGUGCCUCCUACUACCCAUCCCGGGAGCAGGAGAGGAUCUCCUACUUGUACAACAUACUUCUGAGCCGCCGAACCCAUCUGUUGUCUGCCCUGCAUCGAGCAGUGAGGCGGCGCACAGCUGACCAGGACCCAAAGAGUGUCCUCGAUGUGCUGGGCAGCUGGUGUCCCUUCCUGGCUCCGUUCCUCAGCCCCUUUCAGUCACACCAGGUCUACUGUUUGGGCUGUGGGCAGCCCCAGGAUGAUGGGGACAUGGAGAACUUUGUGUCCUGCAGUACCCCGGGCUGCCGAGGAUUAAUAUGCAAGUGGCAAUGCAGCAGUUCCCUAGCGUGCACCCCUUGA